GGGGCCACAAUAGGGGAUCAAAGUUUUACAUACAAAUAUAUAGGGAAAAUCUUUAAAAAUCUUCUUCUCAAGAACCACUGAGCCAGAAAAGCUGAUAUUUACAUGAAAGCUUUCUGAUAUAGUGCAGAUUCAAGUUUGUUCAAAUCAUGGCCCCUGGGGGUAGGAUGGGGCCACAAGGGGGGAUCAAAGUUUUACAUACAAAUAUAUAGGAAAAAUCUUCAAAUAUCUUCUUCUCGUGAACCAUUGGGCCAAAGAAGUUCACAUUUACAAGAAAAAUUUCUGACAUAGUGUAGAUUCAAGUUUGCGAAAACUAUGGCCUCCAGGGGUAGAUUGGGGCCAUGAUAAGGACUACGGUUUUACAUGCAAAUAUAUAUAGAAAGUCUUCUGAUAUGGACCAAGGUGACUCAGGUGAGCGAUGUGGCCCAUGGGCCUCUUGUUAAAUUCAUGGUGGUUCAAUUUUUAUGGGUUUUAAAAUAUUUACAGUUUCAUCAGGAUGUAAUAUCAUGGAUGUGGUUUCUCAACAUUGAAACAUCAUAUAGAUUUUGUUUUACCAACAAAAUCUGCAAAAAUUGAGCCCCCACAAAAUGAACUUGAUUUCACAGUACCAUGAAACUUCACGACAUUUAAACACAGUUGUGAUAGGACUCCACCAUUAUGUUAAAAGUCAAAGAGGAUUUACAGCAUGUACCCGCAAAUAUCACAACUCAAAUAACUUAGUUUUCUCUGUUUUUACAAUAAACGUGGCAUAAUAGAUAUAUAUACUGUGAAAUUACCUAUCUCCAUAAUGUUUGUAGGAACUGUGUCUAUAACGGAAAGACAUUUUGUUUGAUUAAUAAUAUGUGCUGUUCUGUGAUGAUUUUCUAGUGACUGUGCUGUGCUUUGUUUAAUUAAUAACAUAUGCUGUUCAGUAACGACUUUUCUGUGACUGAGCUGUGAAACUGUUGAAAAUUUAUGAAUUACCAAGAGGUGUCAGAUAUUAGAUGUGCUAGAUAAUUUCUGUAAAUAACAAAAUGAUAUAUCGUGAUUGUGUUGCCUUUAUCUUCACUUUCUUCAGAAAUUGAUAUUAAAUGCAAUACAGAAUAUAGUUAUUGGUGAUAUUUUCAAACUUUAUAAAUAAUGUAAUUAAUUAGAUUAAAUCAAAUAACUGAUCAAUGUACAUGUUGAAUUGUUUGUAUGUAGAUUUUUGUGAUGAAAAGGAAAUGACAACUUUAAAUUAAAAAAACAAAACUGAUA